UUUUCCAGAUCUGAGAUCCACCAAACCCUCCAAAUCUCAACCGUCCAUUUCACUCCCUUAAAAACUUAUUUAUAUCCCUCUCCUUUCAGCUUGCCAAUUCCUACCUACUUCAAUCCUCUCUCUAAAUCUCAUUCCUUCCCAAACACCAUCACCAUGGCGCUGCUAGUGGAAAAAACCACCUCCGGCCGUGAAUACAAGGUCAAGGACAUGUCUCAGGCCGAUUUCGGCCGCCUCGAGAUCGAGCUAGCCGAGGUCGAAAUGCCUGGGCUCAUGUCCUGCCGGACCGAGUUCGGCCCCGCCCAGCCCUUCAAAGGCGCCAAGAUCACCGGCAGCCUCCACAUGACCAUCCAAACCGCCGUCCUAAUCGAAACCCUCACCGCCUUGGGCGCCGAGGUCAGAUGGUGCUCCUGCAACAUCUUCUCCACCCAGGACCACGCCGCCGCCGCCAUCGCCCGCGACAGCGCCGCCGUGUUCGCCUGGAAAGGGGAAACCCUCCAGGAGUACUGGUGGUGCACCGAGCGCGCCCUCGACUGGGGCCCCGACGGCGGCCCGGACUUGAUCGUCGACGACGGCGGUGACGCCACGCUGUUGAUCCACGAGGGCGUGAAGGCCGAGGAGGAGUUCGAGAAAUCCGGGAAGGUUCCAGAUCCGACCUCGACGGACAACCCUGAGUUUCAGAUCGUGCUGACUAUCAUCAGGGAUGGCCUCAAGGCUGACCCGAAAAAGUACACGAGGAUGAAGGAGAGAUUGGUCGGUGUGUCUGAGGAGACCACCACUGGCGUUAAGAGGUUGUACCAGAUGCAGGCCAGUGGCACUCUGCUUUUCCCUGCUAUCAACGUCAAUGAUUCUGUGACCAAGAGCAAGUUUGACAACCUGUACGGCUGCCGUCACUCUCUGCCCGACGGACUCAUGAGGGCCACCGACGUGAUGAUUGCCGGAAAAGUUGGUGUGGUGUGUGGGUACGGAGAUGUGGGCAAAGGCUGCGCCUCUGCCCUUAAGCAAGCCGGAGCUCGCGUGAUUGUAACAGAGAUCGACCCCAUUUGCGCCCUUCAGGCACUAAUGGAAGGCUUCCAAGUCCUAACCCUAGAAGACGUGGUCUCAGAGGCCGACAUCUUUGUCACCACCACAGGCAACAAGGACAUCAUAAUGGUUGACCACAUGCGCAAGAUGAAGAACAACGCCAUUGUCUGCAACAUCGGCCACUUUGACAACGAAAUCGACAUGCUCGGGCUCGAGACCUUCCCAGGCGUGAAGAGAAUCACUAUAAAGCCACAAACUGAUAGGUUCGUCUUCCCGGACACAAACUCUGGUGUGAUUGUGUUGGCCGAGGGCCGUCUCAUGAACUUGGGCUGCGCCACUGGCCACCCGAGCUUUGUCAUGUCGUGCUCGUUUACCAAUCAGGUGAUUGCGCAGCUGGAGCUCUGGAAUGAGAGGAAAUCGGGAAAGUAUGAGAAGAAGGUUUAUGUGCUGCCCAAGCAUCUUGAUGAGAAGGUUGCUGCACUACACCUUGGGAAACUUGGGGCUAAGCUUACUAAGCUGAGUAAGGACCAAGCUGAUUACAUUAGCAUUCCGAUUGAGGGUCCUUACAAGCCUCCUCAUUAUAGGUAUUGAGGGAAGAACAAUAUAGAAUUAACAAGGAAUUUCUACUAUUUUUUUUCACCGGCAUUCUUGUCUGUUCUCUUAUUCGAAGUAUGAGGGUAUUGUAUUGUCUUUUCAUUUUGUUUUAUUGUGAGGAUCAGCAGUUUGAAGUUCAUUUUUUAUGACUUGAAUAAUAAGUUGAUGAGGAUUUGUGAGUCUUGAUAUUUUACUUCCUUUUGUAUUUUGCUUCUUGAGCAUUCACUGGCUGUUGCGGUUGUAUCUGUUUUCGGCGUUUAUUUAUGGAAUAUUGUCGUGCUCCAAUUUCACAGUACAACAAAGGGUGGAUUUACUAUAGGUAAUUUUCUAAAGCUUGUUUUGUGAAGGCGAAAAUUGCACCGAAUAUCACAACUUUAUUAGAAUUUGAAAAUUUAGUUAGUCUCAUUUUCCUUUCUGGCUUUCUUCUUUAUUCCGUAGGAUCCAUGUAAUUGGGAAAUGGAGUUCAGGAAAUUACCUUAUAUAGUAAAAUUGGUUAACUACUGAUUUUACGGUUUCAUUUUUUUUAAGUGGAA